UCUCGCGAAGAUUUGAGAACCAGCGCGGGAUCUCGUCGGGGUUGCCAGGAGACAGCGCAGCCUCCGCAGACCAGCGCCUAUCCCCGAGUAGUGGCGGUGCUGGACUGCUGGCAGCAUGGCACCCAAAAAGAAAGGGAAGAAGGGCAAAGCCAAGGGCAAUCCGGUGGUUGAUGGGCUCCCACCAGAGGACAUGACCAAGGAGCAGGUAGAGGAACAUGUCGCCCGCAUCCGGGAGGAGCUGGACCGCGAGCGAGAGGAGCGUAACUACUUCCAGCUGGAGCGUGACAAAAUCCACACCUUCUGGGAGAUCACACGGAGGCAGCUGGAGGAGAAGAAGGCCGAGCUUCGGAACAAAGACCGUGAGAUGGAGGAGGCAGAGGAGAGGCACCAGGUGGAGAUCAAGGUGUACAAGCAGAAGGUAAAGCACCUGCUGUAUGAGCACCAGAACAACCUGGCAGAGGUGAAGGCUGAGAGCACUGUAGUCAUGAAGCUGGCCCAGAAGGAGCACCGCGCCCAGGAGGGCACACUGCGGAAGGACAUGAGGUCACUCAAAGUGGAGCUCAAGGAGCAGGAGUUGGCUAACGAGGUGGUGGUAAAGAACCUGCGUCUGAAACAUGCUGAGGAGAUCACCAAGAUGCGAAAUGACUUUGAAAGGCAAGUUCGAGAAAUCGAGGCCAAGUAUGACAAGAAGAUGAAGAUGCUGAGGGACGAGCUUGACCUUCGGAGAAAGACGGAGAUCCACGAGGUGGAGGAGAGGAAGAACGGCCAGAUCAGCACGCUGAUGCAGCGUCACGAGGAGGCCUUCACUGACAUCAAGAACUACUACAAUGACAUCACUCUUAACAACCUGGCCCUAAUCAAUUCCCUCAAGGAGCAGAUGGAGGAUAUGCGGAAGAAGGAGGAGCACCUGGAGAAGGAGAUGGCGGAGGUGUCUCUGCAGAACAGGCGGCUGGCAGACCCUCUGCAGAAAGCAAAGGAUGAGAUGAAUGAGAUGCAGAGGAGACUUGGGAGCUAUGAAAGGUCCAAGCAGAUCCUGGUUUGUACAAAGGCACGUUUAAAGGUCACCGAGAAAGACCUGAAAGACCUUCAGUGGGAGCACGAGGUCCUGGAGCAGCGGUUCAUCAAGGUACAGCAGGAGAGAGACGAGCUCUAUCGUAAGUUCACUGCGGCCAUCCAGGAGGUGCAGCAGAAGUCGGGCUUCAAGAACCUAGUACUGGAGCGGAAACUGCAGGCACUGAACACUGCAGUGGAGAAGAGGGAGGUGCAGUUCAACGAGGUGCUGGCAGCCUCCAACCUGGAUCCUGCAGCACUAACGCUUGUGUCCCGCAAACUUGAGGAUGUUCUAGAAUCAAAGAAUACCACCAUCAAAGACUUACAGUAUGAGCUGGCCCGGGUCUGCAAGGCCCACAAUGACCUAUUGCGUACGUAUGAGGCGAAGUUACUGGCUUUCGGGAUCCCACUGGACAAUGUGGGGUUCAAGCCCCUGGAGACAGCAGUGAUUGGACAGACACUGGGACAGGGCCCUGCAGGACUUGUGGGUGCCCCUACAUAGCUACCUUCUGGGGGCUUUUACCUUUACAGCUGGCCUUUCCCACUUUCUAAAUGAUACCCCUUCUACUGCAAGAACAGCAAGUUUGUUUUGGAGACUUCAUCAUCAGCAAUGAAAACUUUUCCACAUUUCCUUUGUAUUCUGUCUUUGUGGGGAAGAAGUACCUGUAGACCUCUGCGGAGGUCUUCUAGUCUACCUGCUUCCAUGUCCUCCCCAGUCUGGGUCACACUUGCCUUUGGGUCCUGCCUCUGCAGUCCUUUCUCUAAGUGCACCUCUGAGUACUAAGCUGUCCAGCAAGAGAAUGGCUCACUGUCCUUUGUUGAGCAUGAAGCCCAUGCUCUUGAUUUGACUGGGCAGCUCAGCCACAAAGGACUGGCAGGCUACCUCCUUUGGGCCAGGCUCUCCACAGCCUCCCCUGGUAGGUGGUAAGAACCAUGGGCUCAAUAGCAGAGACUUGUGAAAUUUUUAAGGCUCUGUCCUGGUUUGGUUUUCUAUUGCUGUGAUAAACAUCAUGACUAA